UGUUACCGUCUGUGGGCCCAUUUAGCAAGCAGCUGUGACUGCGCGGCUUCGUUGGAACAGAAACGGAACUUGUUGGGUCUGGUCUGCGUCGCCCGCCCAUGGAAGCUUCAACAAAAAGCCUUCCCGACAGUGGGGAGUGUGAGCAGGCGAAGACGACGGAGGACCUUUGUCUGUCCGGAACUCACAUUCCUGCAAAUGUGAGGCGCUACUUUGAGAUGGGAGCGGGCCGAGGCCAAACAGUUCGUGAAAACGAGCUGGCAUUCCAAAGGUGGCGCUUCCUGCCCAGAGUGCUGAGGUCUGUGUCGCAGAGGCGUUUGGAGACGAGUCUGCUGGGACAGUCGGUGUCCAUGCCGGUGUGCAUUGCUCCAACAGCCCUGCACAAACUGGUGAACGCGGAAGGCGAGCUGGCCACUGCCAAAGCUUGCGCUCGUGCGGGGACCGUGAUGGUGCUGAGCAUUUUCAGCACAUUCAGCAUCGAGGAUGUGCGGAAAGCGGCUCCCAACUGCUCGUUAUGGCUGCAGGUAUAUCUCUACAAGAAUCGUUCCAUCACACGUUACCAAGUGGAGCGCGCCGAGCAGCUGGGAUUCGGUGCCAUCGUCUUAACGGCAGACUCGCCGGUAAUCGGCAGUGUGGAGACCGAGGCCGCAGACUGGGAGGCGAGGGGAAUACGCUGUCCCAACUUCGAUGAGUGGGGCAUGGAAGCAGCUCGACCAGCAUUCUGGGACGCCGGCGCUACUUGGAAGUGCCUUGAGUGGCUACGAAGCGUCACCGCGCUGCCCAUCGUAGUGAAAGGAAUACUGCGCAGAGACGACGCUCUGCUGGCCGCAGAACAUGGCGCAGCCGCUAUACUUGUGUCUAACCACGGGGGACGUCAGCUGGAUGGAACCAUAACUACGUUAGAGGCUCUGCGUGAGGUAUCUGCUGCCGUCCGAGGCAUGCCAGUCGAGGUGUACGUGGACGGGGGAGUGCGCGAGGCUGCAGACGUCGCCAAGGUACUGGCACUGGGCGCCAAGGCUGCCUUCAUCGGGCGCCCCGUCGUCUGGGCGCUCGCGCAAAAGGGAGAAGAUGGUGUGGCCAACUUGUUAGAGAACUUCAGGAAGGACUUGGAUCGGAUUCUCGCUCUUUUAGGCUGCCCUUCAGUGGAUGACAUCGACUCGUCAUUUGUGCGGUGUCACGACUCCAGCAGCGGAAGUCUGGAGCAGCAAAGCGUACAAGAGGCGUAGAAAAGAAGAUAUAAGCACCGCAAGUGGAGUGGGAAAUGGUUCCUUGCGGCAAUAUGCAUGUGCGAGUUGGGCGCGGUAGUCACCACCCUAUCGCGUUUCAUUGGCGCCUAAUAAUUAGUGCGGCGUUCUUCGCACCUUACUACAAAC